AUGCCUGGACCGCAGCUUGAUUCCCAGAAAUCAUACAGCCCCAAGGAAAUCUUCGACCUGUUUUUCACAAACAAUGCCAUAACAACGCUGUGUAUCAACACAAAUAAAUAUGCUGCCCGGAAGAUUGCGGAGGGUGCAAAGAUGCGGUGGAAAGAGGUGAAGCCAUCUGAGAUGUGCAACUAUUUGAGCAUUGUGCUGUAUCUCGGCCUGGUCAAGGUGACCGCUGCAAGGGACUUGUGGAAGAAAGAAAACUUUUUCAAGUUUCCCUAUCCUCGCAGUGUCAUGAAAGGCUACAGGUAUGAGGCCAUCACAGCAAAUUUACACAUGAGUGACCCAGCUGCUGAUGUGGUAAAUGACCAGCUCCGUGGUCAGCCUGGGUAUGAUGGCCUUUUCCGCCUGAAGCCUCUUCAUGAUGACAUCCUCACGGCCUGCAGGACACACUACCACCCACACAAGAACCUGUCAGUGGAUGAGCGCAUGGUAGCCACAAAGGCAAGGAACGGGAUGAAACAGUACAUGAAGGACAAGCCCACCAAGUGGGGCUACAAGCUGUUUGUCCUGGCCGACAGCCAGAGUGGGUACAUGUGUGACUUCACCAUUUACGAGGAAAAGGCGCCGUCUCCGAGUGGCAAUGGACUAACUUUUGACGCAGUUGUCAACCUGCUCAAGGUGCCCUAUCUUGGCACGGGGUUCCAUGUUUAUGUAGACAACUUCUACACCAGCACCAAGCUUUUCAGCCAUCUACACCAAGUGCGCUUUGGGGCCUGUGGGACCAUCCGGGAGAACCGUGUGGGGUUUCCACGGACAACAGACAAUGCGCUGGGCAAGAAGGCUGCCAGAGGGGACAUGCGCUGGAUACGCGAGGGCUCCUUGCUUUAUGUAAAGUGGAAGGACACACGUGACGUUACCAUGUGUUCCACGAUACACAAAGCUAACAGUGGGCAGAGUGUGCAGCGCCGUGUCCGCAACCCCGAUGAUAAUGCGGUGGUGAACAGUUUCCUCAUCCACAAGGAGAUGGCAGAGAUGAAGAACCAGAAACCCCUCAGCCAGAAGAAAUUCAGGAUUGCACUGUGUGAGCAGCUGGGUAAAGUUGGGAAGGAGCUGGCAUCCAACGAGGCAUCCAACGAGGCAUCCACGGACCACGUCCCAUUGGAAGCCUGCGGACUCUCCAAUGAUCCCCACCUGAAAGCCACCAAGGGGAGGAGGAAGUGCCGAAUCUGCAAGUCAUCCACUAUAUGGCUGUGUGAGGCUUGUGACGUGCCCCUGUGCAUUAUCCCAGGGCGGUGUUGCUUCAGAUUUUGGCACAAGCGUGUCUGA